AUGCAGGAAAAGUCGACAAUCGCUGCUGCUCGCUCCAUGAUCAAAGAUAAUCCCCAAUCCCGCCUGAUAAGGUCCGAAUCAAACACGGAUAAUAUAUGCCAGACCGAAACAAUAGACCAUGGCGAGAUCAAAGAUCGUUAUGAUGUCGAACGACAGAAGACACUUGAAGGAGACGCUCACUUCCAUCGACUUGGGUGGAAGCAUCUUACCGUUGUCCUGAUUGUGAACGCUGUUGCGCUUGGAAGUCUAGGAAUCCCCUCUGCAUUCGCAUCCCUAGGAAUGGUUGCCAGUAUUAUACUGUGUCUAGCUCUUGGGCUGAUUGCAAUCUAUACCAGCUAUAUUCUUAAUGUGGGAAACCCACUUAGAGGUCGUGUGAAGGAUAAUGGUGACCCAUGA